AGGCUGAGUCAGUUUUAAAUUCUCGGGCUUCAGUACAGACCAGCAAGACGUUUUAAAGAAUCCACAGAAUAAGAAGUUGAUCAGCUUGGAUCUAGUGGAAUGGACACCUUUAUGAAACGAGGAGAAGUUUAUCUACAACAUCAUAAACACUCUGAGAAGUGGAAGCGGUACUGGCUGAAUCUUUACCCAGGCAGCCGAAAUGGCGUAGCUCGGCUGGAGCUUACAGAAACCAGCUCAGAUCGGUCACCGGCGAUGGUUCGAAGGCAACCUGAUCGCAAAGUGAUCAGAUUAUCUGAGUGCAUCAGUGUGGUAAGACUGCCCCCACAUGCAGAGGCCCACCCUGGAGACAACAUGGCCGCCUUCUGUGUCCAGACAGAUGACAAGAGGAUGGUGUUUGCAGUGGAGAAAGAACGAUGUGGAGAGUGGGUGGAGAAGAUCUGUGACAUUGCCUUUCAGAAGGGAAGCAGCAGCAUUCCACGGCAGGUUCCACAAAUGGAGGAGAAUCAGAUCUAUGCUUCCAGAGAAGAAGUGUUCGACUUCUGGGUGACUCUGCAGCAGUCUGAGGCGGCGGUGCGUUGUGGACUGCAGGGGGCGUACUGGCUGCAGACUGGUGAAGAGUCUCUGAUAAUCCAGGAUACUGAGAGUCGGCAACGUGUAAUAGAAUGGCCAUAUAAGCUACUGCGCCGUUACGGUGGAGACAAGACUGUGUUCUCAAUUGAAGCAGGCAGACGCUGUGAAAGUGGCCCUGGCACCUUUGUCUUUGAAACCAAGCAAAGUGAAGAGAUUCUCCGCCGGGUGGAGCAGGCCAUUCAGCAGCAGAAAACCCUGAGUGUCUCUGCAGGCAGCUGCUCUCCUCGAUCUCCUUGCUCACCCUUGCCCAGACGACCCAUCAGUGCCUCCCUCCUCGACACUCUGGCCAACAGCUCUGGACUCAGCAGCUCUGAAUCCAGUGCAAACAAUGAUGGUCCUGGUGGCUUAGCUGAUUCAGCAUUCGUCAAAGCUGCAACUGGAACAUCAAAGACUAAUCCCAGACUUCCCGGUGAAUCCACCGGCAUGCCUGAACCCAUAUAUUCAACUCCCAUUGAUGAUAUUGCAUUCAGAUUGCAACAGCCCACAGUUAAAAACGGAAGGCCUAUUCAUCACCCCUACGAGUACACAGAACCUGUGUAUUCUGACCCUGCUGACGUCAUCCGGCCCAACCCUAACGCACGCAUGUGUGCCUGGUCUAAUACCACUGACACAGUCUCAGUCCCCGUCCCCCUGGAAUCAUCUCACCAUAGCCCUCAGCCUGACCCACUGUACUCUGAGGUGCUUCACAUCAUGCCAAACCCAGCGCAGCAACCAGUAAGCCAGGCUCAAAAUAAAGAAGAACCAAUCUACAGUUUACCCAUUCAUAAUACAGUGCAUAAGUCAUGUGAGGAUGUUCAAACUGCCUCAGAAGGCAAGUCGGACAUGGAAAACAGAAAGGUGGAUGAGAUCACUGCUAUUUACAGUCAAGUCAACAAAGCAGCUAAAACCAAAAAACCCAAAGACAAGACUGAAUCUCAAAGAGUGCCAGAUGUUGUCUCUGAACCACUUGGUUGGAUUUAAAAGGACAUUAAGAUGUUUCUAAGUUAUGUAUCAUUUUUGUAUAGGUAAUAAGAAAUAAUAAAGUUUGCUAGCUCCAAAAAUAUAUAAUUUCAAGGUACUGAUAUUGUAUUUGAUGCUCUUUCUCUUACAGACUCGCAGAAAUAAACAUGUCUGCUCCUGCCUUUUCACUAAAUUAUUAAAUAUACUGAAUUUAAACUAAA